AUGAGCUUACCCAGUCAAGUUAGAUUAGGCUCCUCAGGUCUGAAAAUUUCUCCUGUAAUAGUGGGCUGUAUGUCAUAUGGGUCAAAGAGCUGGUCUCAGUGGGUGAUUGAAGACAAAGAAAAGGUUUUUGAAAUCUUGAAGCAUUGUUAUGACAAUGGGCUAAGAACUUUCGACACUGCUGACAUGUACAGCAACGGGCUAAGUGAACGACUCUUGGGAGAGUUUUUGAAAAGAUAUAAUAUCAGACGAGAAACAGUUGUUAUUCUGACUAAGAUCUUCUUUGCAGUUGACGACAGCCUCGAACUUUCAUAUUUAGAGCAAACUCAUGAUACUUCCCCUGAAAUUUCCUUAGACCUUUCCAAUCAGAGGGGUUUGUCUCGCAAACAUAUUCUUGAUGGUGUUUCAAAAUCCGUUGAAAGGCUGGGCACGUACGUUGAUGUUCUUCAAAUCCAUAGGCUCGACAAAGAAACGCCAAUGGAAGAAAUCAUGAGAUCCUUGAAUGAUGUUGUCGAAAGUGGGCAAGUGAGGUAUCUUGGCGCAUCGUCUAUGCUUGCAACAGAGUUAGCAGAAUUGCAGUUCAUAGCAGAAAAACAUGGUUGGUUUAAAUUUAUCAGCUCUCAAUCGUUUUACAAUCUUUUAUAUCGUGAAGAUGAAAGAGAGUUGAUUCCUUUUGCGAAAAAACAUGGUGUUGGUCUUAUCCCUUGGUCUCCCAAUGCUAGGGGCCUUCUGACUAGGCCUUUCGGGUCAGAUUCGGCUAGAAAGGAUUCGGAUAUGGCCUACCGACUUCUAAGUUCUAUUACUUCCAGUGAAAGUGACAAGUGUAUUAUUAACAGGGUAGAAGAGAUUGCUAAAAAGAGAGGAGUGUCUAUGGCUACUGUUUCAAUUGCGUGGGUUCUCAGCAAAGGCUGUUAUCCCAUUGUCGGCUUGAAUUCAUGUGAAAGAGUUGAUGAAGCGGUGAAGGCAAUUCACUUUGAGUUCGAUGAGAGUGAAAUUGCUUAUCUGGAGGAGCCUUACGGACCUAAACCGCAGAUCUUUGUUUGA